AAAACCUUCAAAUGGGAUCAUGGGGAGCCAGACAUGAUUAAAUGAACAAAGCAACACUCACAACAAGGUCAUAGAAAUAUUUAAAAGAAGGGGAUAAUUAAGGAAGUAACUCCUUUUUGAAAGAAAAAUACUUUAGUGACCCUCAAAUCUUUCAGUUACUAAUCUCUACUAUCCUGGGAUGAGGUAAUUGAUAUUUUUGGACCGCUAAUAAAACUGCAUUGCAUAUAUUCCGAAGACACCUGACUCUCACAACUGAGACAUGGGAGCAAGGCCAAGAGGUUGGAAUGCUCUGGAGAGGGUAAGAAUAACCUACAAUGGCUUAGAGAGCUGCUGUCAUUUUUUUGUCCCUUUGCAGUUGUCAGGAAAUGACCAGCCUUGGAAGCAAUCAGUUCCCUGAAGUUUAAACCUGAGGAAGAAGAAAUUGGGCUCUGGUCAAUGGACCAAUUAUUUUUUUUUUUCCUUUUCACAUUUCCAGGAUUAAUAGUUGGGCCUCUUUCUAGCUAAAAAAUAAACAUAUAAUCCUCUGGGAUUUCCCCCAUAUUCCUUUUGUCUGGAAAGCACCACAUUCCAAGAUCUCUUGGGGGAAUUACUGAAAUAUGGAACGUUGGGACUUGCUGGGGUUUCUGAUCAUCACGUUAAACUGCAAUGUGACAAUUGUAGGAAAGAUAUGGCUCAUUGUCACAAUAAUGCUGAGGAUGCUGGUAAUCAUUUUGGCAGGCUACCCAAUCUACCAAGAUGAGCAAGAGAGAUUUGUCUGUAAUACUCUGCAGCCGGGAUGCUCCAAUGUCUGCUAUGACAUGUUUGCUCCUGUAUCCCACUUCCGAUUUUGGCUGAUCCAGAACGUGGCUGUUCUCCUGCCAUAUGCCAUGUUCAGUGUUUAUGUUCUUCACAGAGGAGCCCUACGUGCCGCCGGAGGGGCCCACCCACCAGAUUGUUGUGGAGGGAGACAUACCCUCACCAGCCGGCCUGGUUGUUCUCGUCUGAAUGUCCCUCACUUUUCCACUGCCUACAUCAUACAACUUCUCCUACGGAUCCUGACUGAAGCAGCUUUUGCUGGUGCCCAAUACUAUCUCUUUGGAUUUUGGGUUCCAAAGCGGUUUUCUUGUUACGACUCCCCUUGUACAAGCGUGGUGGAUUGCUACAUCUCCCGACCUACAGAGAAAUCAAUCAUGAUGCUUUUUAUUUGGGGAGUCAAUGCUCUGUCCGUCCUCCUAAGUUUUGUCGACCUGAUUUGUAGCAUGCAGAGAUGGCUGAGACGGAAGCACCUGGCCAGACAAGGGGUCAAAACUACUUGUGUCAAUCAAGAGCAGAGCCCUCCAAGCAUCUUUCCAGGUGAAACCAGGAACUGUUUGACCUCAGAGGUAGGAGGGGAACCUCCACACCUAGUGAAGAGUUCUAGUCAGACCAGUGACAACGAUGAAUGGCUUGACUCGAGAGAGGAAGAUGUUUCUCUUCAUCCUAUGGUAUGGCCUAAAGAUGGAGCUUCCAGGUCAAAUCUUCACAGCCCAGGAAAUAAGUCCUGUUCUUCAGGAAGAAUGGCUUUUCCAGAUGAAGAUGACAGUGAGAUGAUGUCCAAUGGCAGCGAACCGCAAGGGAUAGCUCACAAGCAGCAGCAAGGCAAAUCUGUCAAAGAGAAGGUCCAGCCUCCCAGGCUCAAAGACAGCCCCCAGCGUGGAGAACUUGCAUCUGCCCCACGAAGCAGACUUGGAGGGCAUUAUUCAUCCAGUGAGCUAAAACCUUCCGCUUCUCAGGUGAGCUGUGGCAGCCCUAGCUACCUGAGGGCCAAAAAGUCUGAAUGGGUGUAAAAAGAUGGUAACCAGAUGGGUAUUAAGGUCUGAGAAAGAAGAUGGCCUAGUGAAGGCCCUUCAGUCUCAGCAGCCGCAGUCAUGGCGACCACAAGAAAGAUCCGAUCUCACUUUUGUCUGGCACAUGCAAAUAUCCAAAGAGGAAUGAUGAAAGGAAAGCAAAAAGCUGGCUAAGAAGAAAUACAGAUGAUACAGGAAACUCGGACAGGUUGUCUUCACAGAUUUAAUUUCGAUAACGUUGGCUGCUGGAAAAUAAGAUUUAUUUUAUGCUUUCUAAAGUUUGGAUACUGUUCCAAAGAAUAUCACUCUAAGCUCAUAAUGCUACUUGUUUUGAUGGUAUUUUGGUUCCUAUUUCCUCUUGAAAGCCCAGUUAUAGGCAAAAAUGAUUCAGCUGGGGCACAAAAUUGAAUUGAAAAACUAAUUUUAAGCUUAUCUUCAGUAAUAUACUUGAAUAGUUUCCCUGAAUACUUUAAAGGGAUAUCAUGUGGGACCACUUGAUUUUUAAAAGUACAACAUACACCUCAAGAUUUUGUAUAUUUGUAUAAGUGCCUGAAAAGAUACUGCUGAAUGCCUAGACCCCAUUGGCAACAUUCAGAUGCCAACCAGGAAGUUUAUAAUGAAAAAAUUGGCAAGUUUUAGGUAGCUGCUAAUCUAAUUGUUGUUAUUUAAAGUUAGAGUUUGGCUAAUUCUCUUCUAACAUGUUUAGUGUGAAGUGUCGUCCCUUGUACUACUGGAGCUCAAUUGUAUUUUCAUGGGUUAUGGGGAAGUAGUUUCUUGCAUAAGAAAAGACUUAUGGCUUAGGGGGAUCAGAAUCAUUGAUAGGAACCUUAGCUACCAUCUAGUCUGACCUCCUUAUUUUAAAUAGUUUCAAUAACUGUGGAUGUUGCUGCGUAAGAUUCUUAACUCUUGCUUAUUGGUACUCCUAUCUGGAAGGGGAAGUGACAGAUCUCACAUAUCCCUCAUCUGCUUCCGCUUGUGAACCUUUUCCUUUCUAUUGUGGAGACAAGAGAUUCAAUCAGCUAAAACCUAUUAUAAAUAUUAGCUGAUUUUCAGAAUAUUGAGGCGGCCCUCACUUCCAUUGGCCCUUUCCUCUGCUGUUUCAAGGAGUUUAUAGCCGAUGAAAAGUUAUUUGUCAAACACAACAGAUCCGAGCUCCCAAUUAAGAAAGUUCCUGUCAUUUAGAGAGAAAGAUCUGGGUUUUUUAAUCCAAGUUUUGUGUCUAUCUAAAUGCUGGCUUCUUUGUAUGUUUGAAGCAAUAAUCACUAUACAGGAAAUGUAUUUAGAUAGAAGAAACGAGGAGUGUAUAUUACAGUCUAUUAUUGGUCAGGCAAAGGAAGGGGAAGUUCAGGAAUGGAUAUCUUUCUUUUGUGGGGAGAAGAUUUGAAGAGGUGAGUUCCACUAACUGUUUUGCCUGAGCCCUCUAUGUUGAGGUGCUUGAAUGGUCUGGUAAUCCUCCUUAAUCUCUCCCUUUUUCUGUAGGAGCUCAGCCCUCCUUUCAGCUUCACUUUUUCAGUUUCUUCAUUCACUUGUUGUCCCUGAAUCAACACUUCCUUCCAGUUUGGUUCAUUAAAUCCCAGUUGACAGAGGCUGGGCAUAUUGCCUCCUCCAGGGUGCUCCAUUCUUGCAGUUACUACUUCUCCUCUUAGUCUCGGAAAGGCUGUGUAUGUCCCUCUUCAAAAACUCCCUGACAUUGACUCAAGUGUACCUUCCAGAUCAAAAACCGAAAUAGCCCCAAAUAUCUCUCAGGAAUGAGAAUGAAUGGUUGUCACUCUGAAAUAAAAACACAAGGAUGCCCGGCAGUUAUCAACCUCUUGUCCUGCAGUACCUAGAAAAACGAGGGACAGAAAAAUUAUGGGACCUAAGAUCACACAGUCAAAGACAGACCUUGGAGUCACACUUGACUCCCAUGAAAUUUGAACCUAAGAGCUCCUUCUACCAAACUAUGAUGCCUUCCAAAGACAUUGAUCCAUGUGCCAUCUGGAUACUUAAUGGCUCUGGCAAAUCUUUUAUUCAAUUUCCUCAUCUGUAAAAUGGGACUAAUAACACUGGCAGUGAUACUUUCUGGGUUGUAUGACUACCGUGAGCAAGUCACUCAAAGUCACUUAACCUCCUAACAUUGGUUUCUUUUUCUGUAAAAUAUGGAUAACAGUAGCAUUUCCUAUCUUGUGAAGAAAGUCCUUGUAAGUCUUGAAGAGCUGUAUAAACAUAACCUGUUCUUAUUAUUGUUUUCAUCACUGAAUUUCUAUAUGCCUCACUUGCCUUUUUUGUAAAAUGGGAUUAAUAAGAACACUUACUUCUCAGGGUCAUUCAAGUGAGAUAAUGAUUGUAAAGUACUUAACACAGUGACUGGUAUAUAAUAAGCUGUCAUCAUCGUUGUAUCAUUAAUAGAAAGCCCAUUAGCUUUUGGAUUAUCCAGACUUUUAGAAACCAACAUUAAUAAUUGAAUUGUAAUAUUACAAUGUAAGCCACAAAGCUCACCUACUUAAAUAUAUUAUAUUGCAGCAUGACAGAAUGGUAGAGGACAAACAGAUGAAUUUUUAAAAAGCAUAUCUUAUACUGUUAAAUAUGGUAGAUGAAUAAAUAAUACAUGGGGUUUGAGAUAAUCCAGAGACUACUUAUCUUUCUAUAUUGUCUUCUAUAGUGUUUCAGUCAUGUCUGAUUCUUCUCGACUCCAUUUGGGGUUUUCUUAGCAAAGACAAUGGAGUGGUUUG